UCUCGGGUCAAAGAGUCUCUCCUGGGCUUUUGACCGAUCCAACCAGGCCUUGAGGGUCUGCGCCCUCCUCGCCGACUGCCACCGCAGGCUCUGCCAGUCGCACGUGCUUCGCUUCUUGUACUUUUCCAGGAAAAAAAGAAAGCAAAAGUCCCUGCCUGCUGGAGUCAAUACCCCGCCCCUCAGGGAGAACAUCUGGCUGGCUGGCAGGCUCCCGCGUUCUGCUACUCCCUCGCUCUCUGCCCUGCUGCAGUUCCUGUUCUUCCUGGGAGGGUGUUCUGCCAAAGGCAGACGACACAGAGGAAAAUCUCUGCUCUCCGCUGCUCUGCCUCUCCAUGCCCAGGGACCACCAUGGUGCUGGAGCUGUACCUAGACCUCCUCUCCCAGCCCUGCCGAGCCGUCUACCUCUUUGCCAAGAAGAACAACAUCCCCUUUGAAUUCAGAGCUGUGGAGCUGUUCAAAGAUUCCAUCCUGGGGACGAAAGUGCAGGGCGCAAGCAACCCAGAGGGAGCCACGCCGUCAGGGCCGCUGCCCAAGGCGACUGCGGUGAAGAAAGUUCCUGUCUUGAGGGAUGAGGCCUUCGUUUUGUCUGAAGGCACAGCCAUCCUCCUGUACCUGAGCCGCAAGUACAACACCCCGGACCACUGGUACCCAUCGGACGUCCAGAAGCGAGCCAAGGUAGAUGAAUACCUGUCCUGGCACCAGGCCAAUAUCCGGGCCAACGCUCCCAAGGCCAUGUGGAUCAAGGUGCUAAUCCCACUCUUCACAGGCCAACCGCUUCCCCCAGAGAAGCUGCAGGAGGUGAUGGAGGGGCUGGGCGCCUGCUUGACUCAGCUGGAGGAGCUUUUCCUGCAGGACAAGCCCUUCCUGGUGGGCAGCGAGGUCUCGCUGGCAGACCUAGUGGCCAUUGUGGAGCUCAUGCAGCCGGUUGGUGUUGGGUGCGACAUAUUUGAGGGGAGGCCCAGGCUGGCCAAGUGGCGCGACCGAGUGGAGGAAGCUGUGGGGAAGGAGCUCUUCCUGCAAGCGCACCAGCUGAUCCUGAACAUCAAACAGCUGAGCACCAUCCAGAUCGAUCCCCGGCUGAAGGAGCAGCUGGGGCCGGUGCUACUGAAGAUCCUCAAGUGAAUAAAAGCCACCCAGCUGCCGCCGUCUCUGCCUCUCC